CGAGCAGUAAGAGGGGGACAGCCAUAUCAAGGCGGUCCUUGUCCGUCUGUAGCCACUACAAAUUGCUACGUUGAUCAAGUUGGUAACUCGAGGUUCUGCACCACCCGAACGUCCUGGUCGUCUUCCUCGUCUUCUACAGCUUCAGUCGUCCAGCGUCCGAGCGCCGCUUCGUCAGCUGGAGGUUACCACAAAACGGCAGUAGCGAUUGCGAGGUGGCGAAGCGACCAGGACCACGGGUCCUCGUACCACGAAAGCAGUAUGUCUGGCUACAACGGCUCGCAACAACAGCCACCGACACCGCCAACAAUACCGCCGGUGCGACAACAAGAAGGAUCAACGUCCUCCUCAUCUACAACGCUACUUCCGCAUUCGAAUACCAAGACGAGGCAGCAGCGACAACAGAGUGCUGGGUACAUGUACAAAACAGGAAGUCCGGCGGACUCGAAUGCAACGACAACAGCGAGUGGCCGUGCCAAAGUGGGUACUCCUAGCUCCUCAGGCCGUAGCGGAUUGUCACUAGAUUGCAGCAUGAGCUCUCCUUCGGGAGCCCAGGCGUCACCGAAAGGCCGUCUCAUUUGUUCGCCAAACUACAAGAGCACAACAAGGGUGACUACCGAUUUUCCACAGUUGCUUGCCUCUGGCUCUGUUGUAAACCAUAUAGGGACGACUUCGAAGGUAAGUAAGGCGGGCUGCCAUUUUGUCUCGACGGUGACCACGGAGGGUCAUAUCAGGGGCACUCACAUGACAAGUAAACACUCCAGUUGUGGCCGUGACGGGACUACAACAGAUGGAGAAGAAGGAACGAAGAGCCGCGGACUGACCUGUGGGAAUGCACGGGCACCAGUUGUAAGACAUUAUUGUUCUGGAGGCUCCACGAAGGAUGGACAUGGAGUCGUGACUGUACUGUCCCUCGACGAGGCGUUAUUCCUACCUGCUAGUGACAAAGUAGUAGACAUGGCUGGCGUUACUAGGUCGUGGACACCGCCGCCGCCAGCGACCGAGUCGUCUCCCACCAGCCCAGCAGAGUCGCACAGGCAGAAAAAUCAGAGUGGACCUCCGGCAGAAGGGACUCCUCAAACACGCACAUCCCCUCAGCGAACGGAGGUACUUGAUAUUGAAUAGAAUUACACUCUCAGUGUCAGUUCCAGGAUAUUACGACUCUAGUUUCGUUGUAGUUGUUAGAAAGAUGAAAAGUAAGGUCAUAGCAACUUCCUGAAAGAUUCGUUGGUGGUGUGGAAUUCAUUGCGUGGUGUUUGUCUAGCAAUGAAUUGUGCCAUUGCUGAUCGAGUUCUCCAAAACUAUUCUUCGCAACUACUGUUUCAGUAUGCUGGGGUCGCAACGAAUGGCAGUGCAACGCCUUCAGAGAGUUUCUACUCCGCCAAGGAGGAAUCGCAGGGACCACCUGAAGCUGCCUCAGUUGUGUCGGCAAUUACGAAAUUAAAGGCGAGUCGAUUUUCACGCUACGCGCCAAGUACAAACGGAACUACGGACCCUAACUUUAUUAUGUUGAGUCUUGUACUAGUAGCCUUUGCCUUGAAGAUUGUUCUUUCGCGUUUGUCACGCUUUUUUUCUAUUUGAUGUGGCUUUUGAAGGAGUUGCAUGGUAGCCACGCUCGUAAAUGAAUGCAAGAUGGUCACAAUAAAGAUUAUACAUAGGACGCAAAGUAUUAAGUAGGUGAAUGAGCAAGAAAGAUGAAACCACUAAGAACUGGGGAAUCGUGCCGAGAGGAGGAACUUCUUCGAGGAAAGGGCGUAGGGCUCGAGGCGGGACCAGUCAUCAGAUACAGAUACAAAAGAGCGCAAGUCCAACUGGUGGUGCUGGAUUGUCCCCCACCAGUAAGUCUUCACCCAGUAGUUCGGCAUUUGUCCGAGCAGGCGAGGUGCAUAGCUCGUCUCGAUCUGCGGAAGGAGCUGGAGACGGAACUACGUUGGCGGCAACAACUGCAUCGAGUUCUAGUAGUGGUCCUCGUCGAGUGCAUAGCAGGGGAUGCCGCGGCGUUCAACAUUCCUUCACAAGACAGCUUUUCCAGAAGUUGCCAAGGAUACGACAAGACCUUUUUCUGCUGGCCAAGAAAGGUGGAAAUAUCUCGAACACGACGAGAGGCACACGUCGAGAGGAGGACGCAAGGAGAAGUAGCGGUUCCUCCUUCGAAGAACAGUCAGAGUCGUGCAACAACGACUUAGUUUCGUUUUUAGAUGAGUUCCUUCUGCGGCGCGCUCGAUUGGUCGUGGCACGUAUGCUCCAGUCGCUACAGCAACAAAGUUUUCUGUCUUCCGAACAGAGGUCUUCACCGAUAGCGUCUGUGCUCUCGCACGUGGCAAAAAAAUGGGUGGGAGUGGACUCCAGUGGAAGAUCUUCUUCUGGUGUCGGUAGUUCUUCCGAAGAACCAACGUCAGCUAGUUCUUGUGCAACUAGUUGGAGUAAUAACACUUGUUCUAACGCAAGCGCUACUUCGUCUAAUGGUGAUGGAAAUGGAGAGCAGAAGUAUGACACCACGACUAGUGCUGCUUUAGCAAGUUGCAAUAAUCGACAAAGUUGUCCGAUUGAGGAUGAGGCACCAGAUUCUUGCAAUGCUGAAGCUUCAGCAGGUGAAAAAGCGGAGCAGAUAACAGAACGUGUGAUAGACACUACAACUGGUGAAAGUCUGCUAUCAUCACUCGUCGAUCACGUCGUACAGCACUGGUUGUCGCCGUCAUUUGUGGCGGACUUGAUUGACGGAGGAGAUGUUUCAGCGAGUACAUGCCUGGACUUUUUUCUUGAUGGUAGCCUACUCGAAGCAAUGGCGGACUACGUCCUUAUGGUUUAGACUUCGUACAAUUUUCAACUCAAAAUGCUUAUGCUAGCCUGCAAGUCUUCUCAAUAAUCUUUAUCGGUGCCCCACAAGCACAACAUAGCCAUACACGACGUACGACCAUGUUGGGCGGCAUGGCACUGAUCUAAGUUUCGCAGUUCUCUGCUUCGACCUCUCGACGCCGCGAUAGUCGACGCUUGUAGGGCGCGUGAAACGAUCUUCGAACUCGGUCAGAUAUUGCCCAGUGACUCUGUGUGCGGAUCAUUAGCGACUGAGUUCUUGAAGGUUCUGCUUCUUGAUAAAGGAAAAGCUAGUACUAGGAGCGCAGCCUCCGGAGUUGGGCAAAAUGCAUCAAGCUGUACGACAAUCAAGGGGACUCCGACAGAAAAACGCCUGGAGGUAGAUAUGGAGAAUAGAGGGAAACAAAUAGAAGCUCAUGCAGAAGAAGCUGCAGCUGAUCAAAAGCGUGGCAAAAAGAAACGCAUGAAGAAGACACCGACCGAAGCGGGCGAUUCAGAGCGAGUUUCUCCCGUUCCUCGAGAUGUGUCUUGCAGUAUUACACCAAAGCCUUCGAUUUCGAAUGCACAUUGCGAGAGUGUAGCCUCAGGUGCACGCGAAAAGGCGUGCCUGGGGUUAAUUUCGGGCGCCACGACAUCAAGUAGUUCUCCUUCUUCUCCAUCGUCUUCCUCGCAUUCUUCACAGGAGACGGAUGAAGCUAAAGAACUUCUAUCCGAGAACGAAAAAAGUCUGCAACUAGAAACGCUUGUGAAACUGGUCCGUCAUCUGCAGGACGCCCUCGCCCACGUAGGACGCGCCUCGCGUGAGGCCUAUGCGCGUGCCGGAGCUACUGCGAACUGCGUGACCAGGAUGCUCAGAUAUUUUUCGUUCUUCUACGGAAGUUCAAGUCUGCUUUUGAGUAACUUUUUGGGGAAGUCUACCUGUAUGGGAAAUACAGUUUCAAGAAAAAUGGAUCUGAAUCCCGAUAGCAUUUCUAAUUUUAAAAACAAAAACUCACCUUGUUAUGCUAAUUUUGUGCGCUGAAUACUGAGUCAUUUGACUGCCAUGCCUACACCUGCUCCUCUGAAGAAGGAUUUCAGGCUUCCGAUUUCCAGAUCAUAUUCGUGGAUACCUAUGCGCGACUCCUCCACCUUCUUGAGAAGAUACCAGCCUGCAGAACUGUUGGAGUCGACUUCGAAGGAGUACUAAGUUCAAGUUGUAAUUAUAUAUAUAUUAGUAAAAGCAAAAUAAGUCUUCAUGAGUGUUUUUUCCUAGUUAGGCUAGCUCCGCCAGUAUAUACGUAUAUACUAGACUUGAGCACCCGGGAGCACUCCUCCCACUAGGAUCAUACACCCCCGGCACGCACUUCCUCAACCCCGGCGCGAAUUCGCCCCCCUGGCUCCUCCCCCGCCCGGCAACCGCCUGGCGGCGUUGAUCGUUGGAACAAGAGGUGGGCGGGGGGCGGCGUGCGGCCAUUGAUUGAAACGGCACAGACCGAAGUCGUUGGCCUGGUGUCGGUUUGCUCUUCUUUUCGGAGGUUUGGCCUUCUUUGCGUGCAAGUUGCAGCGCUCAAGUUUGCAAAUUGUUGCGGUUCCUCUGCUUUUGAUACAAUCAAAGACCUGGAAGGGGAAUGUUUUAGAUUUCGCUUUUAUUAGAUAUAUUCACAAAUUUUGGAUUUCCAGUCUCAAGCUUGAAGCUUUGAGAUAAUAGAGUGAAAAACUUUGGAUUUCCAGGCUCAAACUUGAGACUUUGAGACAUUGAGGCGCCGCUUUUCAUCUUAAGCGCCCGGCUUUGGGCUUUUAGCCUGGGGCUUUCGGCUUCGAGCUCUCAACUUUGGGCUUUGUGCCUUCAGCUUUGAGCUUUGGGCUUUCAACUUUGAGCUUUCGGCUUUGGGCUUUCAACUUUGAGCUUUCAACUUUGAGCUUUCAGCCUUGGGCUUUCAGCUGUGGGCCUUCGGCUUUGGGUCUUCGACUUUGGGCCUUCAGCUUUGAGCUUUCAGGCGUGGGCUUUCCGUUAGGCUUUUCAAUUCUUAUGCUUACGCUAUCGGCCUUGGGGUUGGGGAUAAGGCUUCAGCUGAUAAAGUCAAAAGCUUGGGCUUUUUGGGCAAAGUUUUUGAUUUUAACGCCCACGAAUGAAAUCGGGCCGCCGCGUGAGCGCUUUAUUUUAACAAAUGCUCGACGCCGUGCCGGGGGUUAGUGUGUUCGCGUGUUGUGCUUGUUGGUUGAUUAGAAAAGGAGCGGAAAGAGCUGCGAUGGGGGUCGCGUGUUUUUUUUUCAAGUGUUUUCGGUUUGGUGUGUGUUGGGUUCGGAUGUUGGAGGGGUCGUCGUUGGUUUUUUAUCUAUCUCUGUCGCUUUGUGAUUUCUGUGGGAACGUGAUAAAAUUUAUAAACUUGCUGGCAUCUUCGCCAUGAAUUUUCGAAAAAUCAAAACUUUUCGCGGUCAAAUCGUAAAAGUUUUGACUUUAUCGCGUAAGUUUUGAAUUUUACGACCCUUCCGCGCGACAUCUGUAAUGUAAUAACGUUUACCAACUUUUUCGCAUCGCCAUGAAUUUUCGAAAAAUUCGAACUUUCUGAGUUCAAAGUGUAAAAGUUUUGACUUUAUCGCGUAAAUUUUUUAUUUGAUACCCAUCCGCGCGAAAUCUAGCCAAGUUCAUGAGUCCAGUAAGUUCAUGAGUUCCUAAGUUCGUGAGUCAGAAGGGGAAGAUUGAGAGUCUGGCGGGGUCGUUGUUUGUUUUUUAAUUUUGCUCUUAAUAUUUAUAUAUAUGUGCAGGUGAAGCUCUGCAGGCAUGGCGAGCUUUGUCUGAUGCAGUUGGUCCUAGAUAUCGAGCCCCAAACGAUAUUCGUGAUUGACAUUCACCGGUUAGGAAGCAGUGCCUUUUGUCUCACAGCAGCGGGAACACUGGAACUAGGCACAUCUUCAACUACAUUGAAAGUGAAAGGGGCAUCUCCAUCAGAAAAAACAACUGACGCUUCUCCACCACUGAUAGUAUCUGCAGAAAUUCCUGAUCCUGAACAAGAAGACCAACAUCUAGCGCCAGGUUUUAACGAGGAACAAGGGCAACCGGUGGACUUGAAGAAGAGUCGAAAGUCAACACUAUCUACAACGACUCCAACAAAGUCUAGCGGGUUGAGUUUGAAGAGUCUCUUGGAAAGCGAGGUUGUGACCAAAAGCUGGUUUGAUUGCCGCAAUGAUUGUGACGCAUUGUGGUGGCAGUUUCACAUUUCGCCAAAGCAUGUUUUUGAUAUACAAGUUGCGGACGUGCUCCUUCGAAAAAACCGAGGAUUCAGCGUCAAAUACGUUGUGGGGCUCAUGAAGUUACGCAGAGGAAAAAUGAGAACAAGAAGAUCUUGAGGUGAGUGAGAAGAUCGGGAACAAGAAGCCUCAUAAUUAAUGGACUACAACUAAUAGAUACCAGACUAUGAUUUGUUGAUGAGUGUUGACAUUACGAUUACUGAAGCGCUGACGAUGAUGGGGCUCUAAUAACCGCACUCGAUAAUAUCAAAGACCUGCUCCGGCCUGAAGAGUUGAGGUUCGCUCAGGAGAUAGCCGUGAAAGGAAAGCAACUCUUCGACCCUUCACAGGGAGGCGACUACGCAGUCUUUGCACAACGUCCGCUCGCAUCGAGACUGCUCAUCUUAAGGUGAUCACGAAUGCUUCUGCAAGCGCCAUCCUGUGCGUGAUCAAUUCUCUUCAAAAAAUGAUAAUACGCCUUGUCCUUAAUCAGUCAAAAAUCUAGUCCCUUCACAAUUAUUGUUUCCUUCAAAAAAUACAAACGGACGGACUUUUGAUCCGUCAUGAUGUUUAUCAUCUCUGCAAAUGCAAAUGCUGACACGAGAAAUGUUUACAGUAGUUGUAGUUCUACUUUGCAGCUCUAAACACCUACUCAGCACACGAUUGCCGCCAUCUCUUGCGAUUACACGAAAACCUGACUGAAAAACUAUCCAUGUACGAUGCCUCGGGGGUGCAUAGAGAAGCCGUGCUGCGUGAAUCGCAGCAGCGUGUCAACCAAGCCAGGGAAUUGGUUUAUGUGCCACCUGAUCCGAGAGCAAGAAAGACGUGAAGCAAAAGUAAGGAAGUACUCCUCCGACGCGAUCAUGUAGCCGAAGUUUUGGACUUAGGAUCGACUCACCAAAGCUCGACUAGAAGUCUUUCAUGUGAUGCAUAGCAUCGUCUUUCGUCCUCGUCAAUUCUUGUAUAAGUCAUAAGUCAAGUGGGACAUCGAAGGACCUCGUCCCGACGUUUUUGACGAAUUUUAGAUUUAGAUUUACGGUCGUUAAGUACUGGGCGCUGAAGUACACACUACAUUAUCACCAAGCAUGUUCGUUGGCGUCAUAUGGCCACAUUUGCGUACCUGUAAACCCUGAAUCAAUCAGGCUACUUCCCAUGUGUAAGGGGAAAUACGUUCAAGAGUGCAUUGCCGGUAUGAUUGGUAUCUAUCUAGAUAUUCUUCGACGUAGCUAUAAAAGGAUUUCGGUUCGUUAGAAUCCUUAUUUUCCAAGGUUGAGCUGCAACGAAAUUUUGAUUUUUUUUGUUGUAUCACCAUAUUUAUAAAUACGAAAAUAGAAAAAGACAUCAUGCGAACGAGAGCAGGGAACGUCUUAAAGUUUUACGUCAGUUCCACCCCACUAACAAUUGUAUUCUUGGUGGAAACCUCAACCAAUAUCAUGCUCAUGACGGAAUGUUGGACUGACAGUUGGUUUCUCAUUCAUUUGCAGAUGAAGAUGAUGCAAAAGUGAGACUGAAUAUUCUGGUUUUGGAACAUGGGCCUCUCUGUGCACGGUCGAUACCCCACCCCUGUAGGCAU